GGAAUGAGAAACAGUUGGCUAUCAAGAAUGGUAAAAAGGGGAGUUCCUUGAAGUUGGAUAAGAACAGUGAUAAUCUUGCUGUUGUUAAAUAUGGUGAAAAUCUGAAACCUGGUUGCCAUGUGGAUGUUGAAUGUAAUGAGGAUUUAAUUUAAGUGGUAAUGAAGAGGGUUCUGAUCUGGUGAUUCUGAAUGUGCGUCUUUAUGAAGAAGUUUUUGAUUUGAAAGUGAGGUUAAUGGAUUCUGACGGAUUGCUGUAAGGAUAUAUGAGAAGGAUCAUGGUUCAAAUGAGAUUAGUAGAAUAUGGUGUGAAUGCCUGGGGAAGAAGAGUUCUAAUGAUGAGGAUAGGAUCAAGGUUUUGGAUCAUGACUUCAGUGUUACUUUUGCUUAUGAUUAUGAUUUGGGAAGGAGAGGAAUAUACGAUGAUGUGAAGCUAUUGCUCUCUUCUAGUUCUCCGGUACUGGAAAACUUUCUUGUGAGGAACAGGAAGACUGGAAAACUUGCUUGCAGUAGCAGAAAUGUGUAUGGGGCAUUUCAUGUAUACCACACUUCAUGCCUUAUACUCUGGAUGCUCAGCAUUGAGUUUGAGAUUGUUUGCAAUCAGUCAGUCAGUCCCAAAGUGGGGAAAAGAUCUAGGAACAAGAACGGAGACAAAUCUAAUACAUCAGGAAAAGGAUGGAACAGUGGACACUUUCUCAAACCCAAUUGUAUCUGUGCUCUGUCCAGAGUGCCAAGGUACUGGUGUGAACAUUGAGGGAGAUGAGCUUGAGAAGACACCUGCCUCUCAUUCAGAGGUGUUCCAGUUCCAGAUGAACGUGUGUAAUGGAUAUAAAGGAUGGAUGAAAAGUCCUGAGAUCUUGGAGAAGUGCUCAACAGGUUUUCACUUCCCUCCAGAAUCUGGAGAGCCAGUUCAGUCUGUUCUUGAAUGAGGAAUUAUCAUCAUCCUAUCUCGAAUUUUGAUGGAUUAGCCUCCAUUUGUCUGGGUUGGCUUGAGGCUAGUAACUGACAGUUCUUUCAUUACCUGUUAUCACGUACUUGCUCUUGUACGGAGGCUCGAGAUGUCUGUUUAUUUGCCAUUGCAUGAAGUUUUGAAGCUUGGUGUCUCUUUAUGAUCUUCUUGACAAGGCUGAAUCAUAUCUUUGUUGGAAAUCAUAUCACUCUUGGAUUGAUGUAUAUAAUUAGUUUAUUAUUUUGUUCCUGCUGGCUAGGAAUUAACAAUAUUAAUUUGCCUUAAACUUGUUGGGAGAUAUGCAAAUUAUCCAGGCCAUUUGUCACCUGGAGCUCCAUCCCGGACCAGGAAUUUUAUACCUGAUGUCACUUUGUUAUCAAGUUAUUUGACAAUUCCAUAAAAAAUUGAAAGUCUUCGACCGUGUGCUUCAAGAAACUAUGACCUCACCCUACCUCUAAUGAGUGUUGAUGUCAUGCAACUAGAGCUCGUGCUCCUUGUCCUAUAGAGCCUUUUAAAAGUUUAGUUACCUUGGAUCAAUUCUGGACAAGCUAGGAGGGAUUGGGUGCAGCAGAGGUCAAACCUGGUUCAGAAACCAUAUUUCAUAGUUAAUAAUCUCGGGUACCUUGGAACUUGUUGCACCUUGAAGUAGCACUUGUGCCAAGCUCAUGAAUUAGAAGGAUGUAAACAGGCCUACUCAGAACUAACUUUAUCGCUAUAUACAAUUUAAUGUCAAUGGUUUUACGUUUAUAUAGAUGUGACAGUUUACCUGUACAGGUAAAAUCUUAUCACUUAUAUUAAUCUAUGAGCUUAGAAUACUUAAUCAUAUCCAAUUACAAUUAGUCUCUUCACUGAAAUAACGAGCCGGCGCAUAAAAAUCCUUCACAUUUGAGAGAAAGAAAGUCUUCUCAGAUUACCAUUCGGCCGAAAAGACUGUACAGCAGGACCAUUUGCAGGCAAGGUUAUUCCAGAGAAAUUUACCUUUACCAAAUCCCAGUUGACAAGCCGGCCCGUCUUGCAUGGUCAUUUUGCAGCAUAAUGGAUUUCCUGUAUAUAUAACCUUUGUCUGUCAAACAUUAGGUACACAAUAAAUGGCGUGCUCAAAGAGGUGCAAGAAUCUCAUAUGCUUUCUAGUUGUUCUUGCGCUGGUUUUAACACUUGCUGGAAGUUCUCAGGCUAGGCCGCUCCCGCACAUGAAUGUUUCAGGAUUCCAAGCUCGGAAUUCAUCACUCGAGGCAGCUCUUAGGACCCUUUCGGCUAUGUUACCAAAAGGUGCACCCCUGCCACCUUCUGGACCUAGGCCUGGCAUCAACUGAUUCAGUUUUAGACGUUCGACGAUGGCAUUUGCUAAAGUCUCUGCUGAUUCUUAUGCAUGAUAAAUAGGAUUUAUUCUAAGAGAGGUUAAGUUACACUUGGUAGUUAUGAACUAAGACAGGUUAUGUUCUUUGUUUUCUAGUUUAUACCGUCUUUGAUUAUUCAUUUCUCUACGUAUCUACUUUCAUAGUGGAUGUAUGCAAACAAAUUAUACAUGAAUUAAGCUGAUAAAAUACAGGUUCGUUAUUUUUUUGUUUCU